AUGGCCAUCAGGUUCCGGCCCCGGAUCUCCAGGCAGAAGUUGAGAGCCACCUUCCCCCAGGGAUGGAGAGUCCUCUCCGGGGUCAGCGCCCAGAAGCCCUUCCCGCGGCCUGGAAAGAAAAACGGGGGAGCAGGGGUCAGGCCCCGGAGGGCCAGGCAGCAACAGGGGCCUUUCUCUGGGCCGGUGGUACACGCCGCGGCCGGGGGGCAGGAGCUCCACGCAGUCGGGCUCCAGGCGGUCCCCGCGGAGGAGGAGGAGCAGGCCCUCCUCGGAGCGGUCUCCGUUGCUGCCGCUGCCGCUGCUGCCGACGAAUCCGUGGCGGCCUCGGAGCACCAGGAAGGAGCGGUUGGCCAGGCGGAGGGCGAACUCCUCGGUGGGUCCUGGGCAGAGAGGAAGGGCAGAGGCCUGCUGGCACCGGAGGAGCCCCUUCCCCGUCCGUCGGGCUUCCCUUCCCUGGCCUUGCCUCCUCUGACCUGGCCGGGGGGCUCUGGCCACCAGGAGGCCGAGGGGCGCGGUGCCCAGGAAGCGUCCGUCGGGGGCUCUCAGGAAGACCUUCCCGUCAAGCCAGAGCGGCUGGAAGUACUUUCGGCGGGGGCCCCUCAGCUGCACGGUCCGCCCGUCGGGGCCAAACUCCAGGAGGAAGGAGGAGGCGGCCGGCGAGGCCUUCUUGGAGCCGGCGUAGACCUGGCAGUCUUUGGGGAGGAGAAGGAGGAGGAGGCGGCGGCGGGUCAGAGGGCAGCCCCGGCCCCCUCCCCCGGCUCCCUCCCUCCCUGCCUUCCCUGGGGCCUUGCCUCGGAGGACGGCCAGGAAGCGUCCGUCGCGGGCGGCGAGGCUGACGGAGGCCGGGCAGCGCCGGAGCAGGAACCACUCCUCGCCGUGGCGAGGCUGCUCUCCCGGGCAGAGCAGCCCCCGGGGCCCCUGCGGGUAGAAGAGGCGGCCCUGGCGGUCGCGCCGUCUCGGCCGAGGGCCCCGCCGCCAGCCUCUCCCCGCCGCCCAGGAAGCGGCGCCCGGCCGUCUCCAGCUGGCAGCCGGAGGCUGGGCGUCCGGGGCCCCGCCGGAGGAGGAAGGCGCAGUGGGGUCCGCGGGGGCUGCGGGCGUCGACCCAGACGCGGCCCAGCUCCGGGUCCUCGCGGGCGAAGCGCCGGCGCUGCGGGUGGAAGAGGGCGGCGUGCGGGUGGGCGGCCAGCCGCGGCAUCCAGAGCUGCGAGGCGCCGCGGAGCCGCCGCGAGACGCAGAAGACGUCCUCGCCGUCCGACUCCAGGUACCUCCCGCCGCCCGAGACCCGGCCUCCGACGCCCUCCUCCUCCUUCUCCCGCAGGCUCCAGGCGCCGCUGGCCUGGACCUCCAGCAGGAACAGCCCCCGCGCCUCCGCCGCCGCCGCCCCGCAGCAGCGCACCGCCCCGUCCGCCUCGGCCACCAGCCUCCGGCCCCGAGGCCCCAGCAGAGACACCUCCGUCCACCGACCCUCCGCCUCCGCCUCCGCCGCCGUCUCCAGGCGCCAGGUCUAAAGGGGCAAAGGCGGGCCGGCGUCAGAAGACGGGCUUGAGCCCCGGAGGGAGCCCUCCUCCUCCUGCCUCCUCCUGCCUCCAGCGGAAGGAGCUUGGUACCUGCUUGGGCCCCAGGGAGCUGCCCAGCACCGAGACGCCGUCGCCGAAGCACUCGGCCGUCAGGAAGCCCCCCGUCCAGCUCAAGAGCCCCACCUCCAUCCUCUCUGCCUCCGCCGCCGCCGCCGCCGGGGACCCAGCAGGAAGGCAGGGGAGCGGGGCCCGGGCUGCGCGGCUCCUUUGUGACGCUGCGCCGAGGGAGGGAGCCCGGCCUCUCGGCUCCUCCUUCGGGCUCCACGGCGGAUGCUGCCCGGAGGCCCAGCCCUUCCUUCCUUCCUCCGCCGGAGGACCCUCUCGGGGGCUUUGCCCCAAACGCGGACCUUCCUCCCGGUGCUGCUCGGGAGGGAGGGAGGGAGGGAGGGAGGAGGAGGCCCAGCAGGGGAGCGCGGAGGGCUGGCCCCCUGCCUGCCUCCCGCCGGUCGGUUCUUCUGGGGAUGAUGGGCCCUGCGCUGCCUCUCUCCCCGGAGCGCACCCGGAAGUCGGCGCCGCGCGUGGGUCUAGAGCGAGUGAGUCUAGGCUCUCCGUCCGCGCGCCGCCUUCUGCCUUCUGCGCAUGCGCCGUGGUCUGGGCAUGCGCAGAGGCGCCUCAGCCUCGCCGGAAGGAAGAGGAGGAGGGCGGCGGCGCCAGGCUGCUCUGCCGCGGGGCCCUGGGUCUGGAGGGAGGCCCCUCGCUCGCCAUGGAGAAGCUGGGGGCGAGCCUGGGCGUCGGGGGCCCCAGCCGGAAGGAGCUGCUGGAGGCGCUGGAGGCGCAGCGGGCGCAGCUGGCGCAGUACCAGGCGCGGCUGAAGGACCUGGUGCGGGCCUACAAGGGCCUCCUGCAGGAGAAGGGCGCCCUGGAGGCCAGCCUCCAGGCCCUCUCUGGCCGGGGCGCGGGCGGACCCCCAGGCGGACCCUCCGGCGGGGAGCCCGAGGAGGAGGAAGAGGCCGGUGGUGGCUGCGGGGCCGCGGAGCCGGAGCCGGAUCCGGAGCGGCGCCUGCUGCGGCUGAAGGGCCGGCUGUCCACGCUGGCCGCCGCCCUGGCCACCGUCUCCCAGGAGAAGUCCCGGGCCGAGGCCUCCUUCCAGGCGGACAAGCGGCGGCUGCGGCAGGAGAUGGAGGAGGAGCGGCAGCGGCUGCAGCGGGAGGCCCAGGAGGCCCGGGAGCAGCUGGCCCAGACCAAGGCCCGCCUGCUGGCCCAGCAGCAGGACCGCGCCCAGGAGCAGAGCCACCACGCCCUCAUGCUGCAAGAGCUCCAGCGCCUGCUCCAGGACGAGAGGGCCCUGCGCCAGGAGGCAGAGGGGGCCCUGGCCGGGGAGGCCUCCCACGCGGAACGGGCCCAAGAGGCCGAGCGCCUGGCCCGCCGCCUGGGACGCCAGGUCGAGGGGCUGGAGGGGCAGCUGCGGGCCCUGCGCCAGGAGAGCGGGCGCCCCGAGGAGCCCCAGGUGCAGGGCUGGCAAGACCAGGCGGACGCCCUCCGCAGCCACUUCCAGGCCCAGCUGCUGCAGGAGAUGCGCAAGACGGCUCACGCUGAAGAGCGCAUCAGCAUGGAGGAGCAGCGAGCAGCCAACCUGGAGGCACAGAUUUCGGAGGCCUCGGAGCUCCUGGGCAGUUAUGAGAAAGCCAAGCAGCGCGACCAGGCAGCCAUUCAGAGACUGCGGGAGCGCCUGGCCCAGAUGGACCUGGAGAACAAAACGCUGGCCCUGGCCGCCUCUGGCCGCUGCCCCCUGCCGGACGUUGGCCUGGAGGAGAGCAGCCUGGAUGUUAACGUACUCAAGGACAGGAUGGAGAAGCUGCGGGGGCUGCUCCGGGCAGCCACCAAGCAGGACCUAGGGGAGAGGGAGGGGGAGGCCUCCCCCCAUAAGAGCGAGGUGCCUGAUGCUCCCAAGGAAGAGGAGGAGGAGGAGGCAGCUGAUGGGGAGAAGGUCUCAGUUGCCUACUACCAGCGGGAGCUGAAGCGUCUGAAGGAGGAGUUUGAGCACUACAAGCAAGAACAGCAGCAGCAGAAGAACAGACCAGUGGCGGUGGCCCAGGAUGGCAGCAGUGGUGGCAGGGAGCUGGCGGAGGCACAGGCGCAGCUGGUGGCUCUGAGGGAGAACUACGUCUCCCUGCGGCUCUCCCAUGAGGAGCUUGUCCAGCGGCACCAGGAGGAGGCCGAGGGCUGGCGGCAGGAGGCAGCCCAGAUCCAGCAGCGGCACCGGGAGGAGCUGGAGCGUGCCCGGCGGGACUCCCGGGAGGAGGCCUUGCAGCUAGAAGAGGAGGUGCGCCGGCAGCGGGAGCGUGCCCUUGCCGUCCUGGCCGAGAAGGAUCAAGAGCUGGACCGGCUGCGGGCCCUGGCCUGGCCCUACACUGGCCUCCCCCCGGGGCCCAAACCCCCCUUGCCGCCGCCUCUGGCCCCAGGGCCGCUGCCACCCACCGCCUCUCCAGGCCCUGAGGGCUCCCUGGAGGGUCUGACACAGGCGCUGCGGCUCUCAGGCCCCGGGGAGCCCCCCUUCCUGCUGUACACGGAGCAGCUGGCCCGCCGGUCGGUGGAGCUCUCGGCCCUGAGGCAGGAGAAGCGGCGGCUGGAGGGGGAGUUGCGGCGGCUGCGGGAGAGCCUGCUGGCUGUGGAGGAGAAGCACCGGGAGGAAGUGGGGGCUCUGCGGAGCUGCCUGCAGAAGAGCACCCGGGACCAGGGCCGGGAGGGGGCCAACCUGGAGUACCUGAAGAACGUCUUCUUCCGCUUCCUGACGUUGGCAGAUGGUCUGGGCCGGCAGCAGACCCUGGGGGCCAUCUUGACUGUCCUGCACUUCAGCCCGGAGGAGAGAGAGGCUGUCCUGAGCCAGGCAGGGGGUAGCGGGGCACACAGCUGGUGGCCCUCCGGGAAGAGAUGAGGGGCCCCGAGGCAGGGAUCAGGAGCCAUCUGCCUGCCCCAUGCCCCCCCCCCACCCACUUAGUGUGCCAAGAAGAAGAGUCUUUGGAGGGGACACAGGGAAAGGGGCAGUGUUCAAGGAGCUGCUUUUUGGCCUUUUGGCCGCUGCCAGCUGGGAAGAAAAGGCCUUUGGUCCAGAGGGGAGGAGUGAGCGGGUGGAGGGGUGGCAGGGAUUUUCAGUCACGGAUUUGCUCUGGUUUUGUUUCAUCCCAUUUCUUGCCAAAUAGGGAACAGGGCUCUCCUGGGCCUGGGAAUGUCAAAUAAAUGACUGGCUGGUUGAGCCUUUUC